GUCAAUUUCUAAACGCAUUCGCGAAAAUUGCAUCCAAUUGCAGUUAAAAGUUAUCAAAUAUUUAUUCAGAAAUUUGAUCUGAAAUUCAGAACUUUUUGAUAAAUAUGUCCAAAGAUCCAAAAGUAUCAGUCAAUAUAGAAUACUGUACAGUUUGCGGAUUUAAACGUCAGUGCCAGGAACUCAAAGAUUUCCUCAAUAAGUUGAUCCCGGAAGUCAAAGUUGAAUGCAAUAUCGGAAGAAGAGGAAGCUUUGAAGUAAAAAUUAAUGAAACAUUGGUGCAUUCAAAAUUGAAAACAUUUGCGUUUCCCGACUAUGAUGAUCUUGCUGAUAAUGUAAGAAACUGUUUGAAUGGUAAAGAUAUGAAAGUACCGAUUAAGCAACAAGAGCUGAUUGAUAUUGAAACGUUUUUGCUUUGUUUGGAUUAAAAUUUCUUUAUUUUUAUUAUUGAAAAAUUAAAUAGUGUUAAACAUAGCUUUUUUAAGAAAUUUAUAAAAUUAAUAUUUUGUAUG